UUAUGAAUACAUGUGGAAAAGGGGUGAGUCAGUGAAGCUGCACCUGCCCUGGCCUGUAGUCCGACAACUUAGUGCAUGGCCCAUCCCUGGACUCAUAGACUGGCUCAACCAAUUCCAAGUGUACAUUGCACUGGAUAAUGAAAGAGUCACUCCUCGUGUCCCUGUGUUUGAAGAUCUGAGAUGUCUGCUGGCUGGUCCUGAUGGUCCUGGUGUCAACAACACUUCACCAAGAUCUAAAUAUUUUCUUGCCUGGGGAGCCGAGUCAUUCACUUCUGAUCAAUGCUACUGGGAGGUGGAUGUGGCGGGCUAUUGCAACUGGGCCAUUGGAUUUUGUAAUGAUUGUUGGGAACGGUUCUUGACUCAGAGGGAGUUUUUCUACUUCUUUGUAUCAGAGAGAACAAUCAGUGCAGUUUCUUUACCACCUCCCCACUGUCACCUCAAUAUGUCAAAAAGCCUCUGGGUUGGGUGUGGGUGUUCCUGGAUUUUGACGGUGGUGCCGUGAGCUUCGUGAAUGUGGCCAAUAGUUCUCUCAUUUGCAGUUUCCUCUUCUGCUCCUUUUCCUCUCCUCGCAGACCUUUUCUAUGCUCUGGACACUCUUGAUCAAGGACAAUGUAGAAAUCUGAAAACAGGUAUCAGAAAUGUAAAUAAUUGACAUCACUAGUUUAAUGUCUGCUUGAUUUUCUGUAACUUUGCCUUCCUUUAUGAAGCAUAUUGAUUGAUUUGUUUAAGGGUUGACAUGUUAAAUGCAUGGGCUUCCUGGAUGGCUCAGCCAUAAAGAAUCCUCCUGCCAAGCAGCAGACUUGGGUUUACUCCCUGGUCAGGAAGAUCCCCCGGAGUAGGAGAUGGCAACCCACUCCAGUAUUCCUGCCUGGAAAAAAUCCCAUGGACAGAGGAGUCUGACCGCUACAGCCCAUGGGGUCACAAAGAGUUGGACAUGACUGAAUGACUAAGCAUGUGUCAACUGUAUAAAGUUGUAUAAAAUGUUAAAUAAAACUCUCU